AUGGAUCCAUCGCAUAAUCUAUAUUACCUUGGACCGGCCAAGGGGUUUCCCCAGUCACUGGCUCUUGGGAAUGGUAGGAUAGGCGCUAGUCUCAUUUCCACCACAGACGUGGACACAUUCCUCCUGAAUGAGGUUACCUUUUGGUCAGGCAAGCCUUACCAGCCCCAGAGCGAAUAUGGGGGCAAGGCUGCCAUCAACGAGAUGCGUGAGCGUUACGUACAAAAAGAUCACCAGGCUGUGCAGACCUUGGCAGAGAAAUGGCUGCAGCCUCCGAAAGGGGACUUCGGCACAAAUCUGAGCGUAGGCAGACUCAAAAUUGAGUAUUCUCGAGGUACUACCGGGAAGGGUAAGUUGGAGAGAGGGCUGAGACUGGACCAAGGUAUUGGCUGGGUGUCCUGUUCCUCGGACGAUUCUACAUUGCAGGUCAGCAGGGAGACGUUUAUCUCCCACCCUCACCAGGUCAUCGCUGUGAAGAUUUCGGCGAACGAUGGAACCGUUUCCUGCAACAUCAAGUUUGAGGGAGAAACUACAAGUUGGUCGACCAAGAAACCAAGUGCGACUGAGUUGGAAAUCCAUACCCAAGCACUUGAGACGGUGCACAGUGAUGGAACUUGUGGUGUAAAGCUGCAUGGCCUAGUUCACGCUCAGUCCGAUGGCGCAUUGCUCCCUACAGAAGAUAUGAUUUCUGUUGUGGAUGCUUCCUCUGUGGUGGUAUUGAUCGCUCUGAACACAGACUAUCUGGUUCCGCCUGAUAAGGACUGGGUUUCUCUGGCCCGCGCUCAGAUCCAAACUGCCUCAGACGCUGGAUAUGACAAAGUCAAGCAGUGCCAUACUCAAGACCACCAUGGCCUCUAUUCUCGCGUGGCUCUCACGCUCGGCCCAAUAUCGUCAACAUCACACCUUCCUACGGACCAACGACAGAAAGCACUGACUGCAUCAAAAGGAGACACCUCAGAUGAUUUAUCCCUUUACGCGUUGUACUUCAAUUAUGGCCGUUACCUCUUGCUUGCAGGCACUCGCUCAGACUCUCCACUCCCACUUCAUCUACAGGGCCUCUGGAAUGACCGGGAAGCCAAUGCCAUGAACUGGUCAUGCGACUACCACCUUGACAUCAACACGCAAAUGAACUACUUCCCAGUCGAACCAUGUGGGCUAGGGGACGAAUGCCACCAGCCGCUUGCGAAGUACAUGCAAAAACUCGCGGAAGCUGGAGCCGAGUCCGCCAGGAAUUUCUACGGCACCCACAAGGGCUGGGUGGCACACGUGUUCUCGAACAUCUGGGGAUUCACCGCGCCCGGCUGGGAAACAAGCUGGGGGCUCAAUGUUACAGGAGGACUGUGGAUGGCCAUGGAGAUGAAGGAGCAUUGGGAGUAUACUCUGGACAAGGCAUACAUGAAGGGAUAUGCCUGGGACGUGUUGAAAAGCGCGGCCGAAUUCUUCCUGGAGUAUAUGUCCCCCGCCGACCCGAAGACGGGCUAUAUGGUGACUGGCCCGUCUGUGUCGCCCGAAAACACCUUCUUUGUCGAGCAACAGGGCAGACGUGAGGAGCGUUCAUUGAGCCUAUCCCCAACUCUCGACGUGGUCCUCGUCAGAGAUCUCCUGGCAUUCUGCGUCGACGUCGCUACAUCGUCACUGAACAGUACGGACGCCACGAAUGACGACUUCAUUUCGCGCGCCAAAGAAACCCUGCCCAGACUCCCACCCCUCCAAAUCGGCCGGCACGGCCAACUGCAAGAAUGGCUCGACGACUUCGAGGAAGCGCAACCGGACCACCGCCACCUGUCGCACCUUGUGGCCCUGAUCCGUAGCACUCAGAUCAGCACGCGACGCACGCCCGCACUGGCCGAGGCCGUGCGCGUCACGCUCGAACGACGCCGCGCCCGCGCGGACCUGGAGGACAUCGAGUUCACGGCCGUGCUGUUCGCCAUGGGGUUUGCACGCCUUGACGACGGGGACGCCGCGCUCAAGCCUCUCACACACCUGAUUUCGGAGUUGUCGUUCGAGAACCUCCUGACCUUCUCCAAGCCCGGCGUCGCCGGCGCCGAGACCAACAUCUUCGUCGUGGACGGCAACUUCGGCGCCACGGCCGCCGUGGCGGAGCUGCUGUUGCGGAGUGUGCGUGUCGGGGAGGUCGAGCUCUUGCCGGCCCUGCCGACGACGUGGGGUAAGAGUGGACGUGUGGAAGGGCUCAGAGCCAAAGGCAACCUCGUCGUCGGGAUCCAGUGGAGCGAGGACGUAUUGGUCGAGGCAACGAUUCGGAAUGCCGGUGCGGACGCAUUGGUGGUCGAAGUCUACUACCGGGAACGGUCUGUCAAGGUCGACCUGCAGCCCGCCUCGACAGUCAGAGUGGAUCAAGAGCUUGUGCCGCUGUGA